AUGUACGAAGCACAGGCGCUCUUCAGACCUGACGAUGUUCUGAAGCUUGUCAAUGACCAGUACUCAGCCGGGUCAUCAAAUUGUCACACCAACCCUACUCGCUGGGUAAUGCUCAACGCCCUUAUUGCCACGGGCAUUCAUUGGAAGGCCGACAACAAAGCAAUAAGAGAAAUGUUCCCUGUUUCGUGGUCAUACUUUAAAAAUGCCUUUGCUAUCUUCCCAGAGAUCGUCAUGAACGGUGGCGGCAUCGACGACUGUCAAGCGAUGCUUGCUAUGGCUUUGUUUAUGAGGGGAACCGCCGACACCCACGCAUUCACUGCACUAUUAUCGGCGGCGGCGCAUGCCAGCCAUUGUAUUGGUUUGGGCUUGGAAGAUCUUUAUGGAUCGAGUGACCUCAUCGACAUGGAAAGGCGGAAACGGUGUUUUUGGACGCUAUACGUGCUCCGAUGCAAUGUGUCGUUGAACCUUAACCUUCCCGCCCCAUCUGGUGAAUUCCAGCACACAUCUCCCAAGGUAUAUGUCAACGCUCGCACUGAUUCAGUCAAGAAUAUGUCAAUGCUGUUGCCCUGGUUCAUCACUCGCGAAAAGCCGUGA